CUCCCGCCUCUGCCGUUCUUUGGUUGGCUUGGGUUUUGCGGGCUAGUGCAGUGCAGGAGUCAGGGAACCGAGGAGGAGACAAGCACCCGAGGCGGCCAGCGCUGCUGCUGCUGCCGCCGGGAGUUGGAGAAGAGACCGAGGGACCUUCGACGCAGCGAUCCUUUGGCCGCGCUCGCUCGCGCGCUCUCUCCCAUGCCUGUGCGCAUCGCGUUUGCGGGUGGCGGCGGCGGCAUUUCUUUAUUUUGAUCGCGAAGGAGCUGCUCUGCGCGCCUGCCAAAGCGAGGAAGCUGCGAAAUAAGUACGUGAGAGAGGAGGAGGAGGGCGCAGGUCUGUUACUUUCUCUUCUUAAAGUUUCCUGCUGGUGCAGUAUGAAGUGCAGCGAUGGCAAGGAGAGGUAAGACGGUGGUGAGGACGCUGGAAGAUCUGACCCUCGACUCGGGUUAUGGUGGUGCGGCAGACUCCGUCCGGUCCUCCAACUUGUCUCUGUGCUGCUCCGAUUCCCCCCACGCGGCUCACCCCUAUGGAGGAAACGGCUGGCAGCAUCUAACUGACUCGAUGCACAGUAGACACAACAGCUUUGACACCGUCAACACUGUCCUGGUGGAAGACUCCGAAGUGCUGGACUGCGCCGAGCAGCACUGCUCCAGGCUGCUGCCUGACCUUGAGGAGGUCCCCUGGAGCCUCGACGAGGUGGAGGCGGUUCUCCUCCUCCUGCAGCGCAAAGAGGCCAGGGGGCCGGUGGGGGUGGGCGCCGCCGCCGCCAGCUCCAGCAGCGUCGCCAGCUCCACCACCACCAUCAGCAGCAGCGGCGGCGGCGGCGGCGGAGCCCCCCCUCCCAAAGAUGCCCUGGCCAGACUCUCCACCUUGGUCAGCCGCGCGCUCGUCCGGCUGGCCCGGGAGGCUCAGCGCCUGAGCCUGCGCUUCGCCAAGUGCACCAGGUACGAGGUGCAGAGCGCCAUGGAGAUCGUCCUGGGCUGGAGCCUGGCUUCCAGCUGCACGGCGGCCGCCCUGGGCGCGCUCUCGCUCUACAACAUGAGCAGCAGCGGCGGCGACCGCUUCAGCCGAGGCAAGUCGACCCGCUGCGGCCUCACCUUCUCGGUGGGCAAGUUCUACCGCUGGAUGGUGGACAGCCGGGUGGCCGUGCGCAUCCACGAGCACGCCGCCAUCUACCUGACCGCCUGCAUGGAGAACCUCUUCCGAGAGAUCUACGCCAGGGUCCUGCAGCUGGGCGCCGGGGCCGCCGCGCCCCACCCCCAGCACCACCUCCACCACCUCCAGGCGCAACAGCACCCAAACAACCCCCCGCAGCUGCCGCCGCCGCCGCCGCCACCGCACCACCACCGGGGCCAGUGCUCGGGCGCCGCCGCCGCCGCUCUGCCUCCUCCGGCUCCUGGAGCAGCUCCUGCCGCCGCUUCGGACAACAAGGACCGAGAGAGCAGCGGCAGCAGCAGCGCCGCCGCCGCCGCCAACAACCACCACCACAGCAACGAAGCGCCAAAGUUUACGCUGGAGUCCCUGGAGCAGACGGUCAACAACGACUCGGAGCUGUGGGGGCUGCUGCAGCCUUACCAGCACCUCAUCUGCGGGAAAAACGCCAGCGGUGUCCCUUGCUUGCCAGAAAGUCUGAAUCUUCACAAAGACCAGCAAAGGUCAAAUAAGCCAGGGGAAGUCCAGAUGUUUAGCCAAUCAGAGUUACGGACCAUCGAGCAAUCUUUGCUUGCAACGCGUGUGGGAAGUAUCGCAGAACUCAGCGACCUGGUGUCUCGAGCAAUGCAUCACCUGCAGCCGCUCAGUGCGAAGCAACAUAGCAACAGCACCCCCAUGCACCAUAAGCAGGGGUCGCUCUACUGGGAACCGGAGGCCUUGUACACGCUCUGUUAUUUUAUGCACUGCCCACAGAUGGAAUGGGAGAACCCGAACGUGGAACCCUCCAAAGUAACGCUACAGACGGAAAGGCCGUUCAUUGUGCUGCCACCUCUGAUGGAAUGGAUCAGAGUAGCUUUGGCUCAUGCAGGGCACCGUCGCAGUUUCUCCCUGGACAGUGAUGAUGUACGGCAAGCAGCCAGGCUUUUGCUACCAGGAGUUGACUGUGAACCUCGGCAGUUAAAAAUUGACGACUGCUUCUGUGCUUCUCGGAAGCUCGAUGCAGUAGCCACAGAAGCCAAAUUCAAGCAGGACCUUGGGUUCCGAAUGUUGACCUGUGGCCGUACAGAUCUGGUCAAACAGGCCAUAUCUUUGUUGGGGCCUGAUGGAAUUAACAGCAUGAGUGAUCAGGGCAUGACUCCACUGAUGUACGCUUGUGUGAGGGGCGAUGAGGCCAUGGUUCAGAUGCUACUGGAUGCUGGAGCAGAUCUAAAUGCAGAGGUUAUCAGUACUCCUCAUAAAUAUCCAUCCGUCCACCCCGAGACCCGCCAUUGGACCGCUCUGACAUUUGCUGUGUUGCAUGGACAUAUUCCUGUAGUUCAGCUGUUGCUGGAUGCAGGAGCCAAAGUAGAAGGUUCUUUGGAACAUGGUGAUGAAAACUAUUCAGAAACUCCCUUGCAACUGGCAGCAGCUGCAGGAAAUUUUGAACUCGUUAGUUUGCUUUUGGAGCGAGGUGCUGACCCCAUGAUUGGAACCAUGUACAGGAAUGGCAUUUCCAUGACUCCUCAAGGUGAUAUGAACUCCUUUAGCCAGGCUGCUGCACAUGGACACAGGACUGAACAUGCGCAGCUAGCAAGAUCUAAGCAUAUAAGGAACGUGUUUCGUAAGCUGCUUGCUCAGCCGGAGAAGGAGAAGAGUGAUAUCCUGUCCCUGGAGGAGAUACUGGCUGAGGGAACUGACUUGGCAGACAGUGCUCCAGCUCCUUUGUGUGCCAGCCGCAACAGCAAAGCCAGACUUAAAGCUCUGAAAGAGGCUAUGUAUCACAGUGCUGAACACGGAUAUGUGGAUGUAACCAUUGACAUCAGGAGCAUAGGUGUCCCAUGGACUCUGCAUACAUGGUUAGAGUCCUUGCGAACUGCCUUUCAGCAACACAGAAGACCACUCAUCCAAUGCUUGCUGAAAGAAUUUAAAUCUAUUCAAGAGGAAGAAUACACUGAAGAACUUGUCACGCAAGGGUUGCCUUUGAUGUUUGAGAUCUUGAAGGCAAGCAAGAAUGAAGUGAUUAGUCAACAACUGGCUGUCAUAUUCACUCAUUGCUAUGGACCCUAUCCUAUUCCUAAGCUUGUUGAAAUCAAACGCAAGCAGACAUCUCGUUUAGAUCCUCAUUUUCUUAACAAUAAGGAAAUGUCAGAUGUUACGUUCCUUGUAGAAGGAAGACCCUUUUAUGCGCACAGAGUAUUAUUAUUUACUGCAUCCCCAAGGUUUAAAGCCCUCUUGUCCAGCAAACCUGCAUCUGACAGCACUUGCAUUGAAAUCAGUUAUGUGAAGUAUCCCAUUUUCCAGCUCAUAAUGCAGUAUCUGUACUAUGGAGGUGCAGAGUCACUUCUCAUUAAAAACAAUGAAAUAAUGGAGCUUCUGUCUGCUGCUAAAUUUUUCCAGCUUGAAGCAUUGCAACGACACUGUGAGAUCAUCUGUGCAAAAAGUAUCAACACAGAAAACUGUGUGGAUAUUUAUAAUCACGCCAAGUUUCUUGGAGUAACAGAACUAGCUUCCUAUUGUGAGGGUUACUUUCUAAAAAACAUGAUGGUCCUCAUAGAAAACGAAGCUUUCAAACAGCUGCUGUACGACAAGAAUGGAGACUCGUCUGGCCAAAACGUACUACAAGAUUUACAGAGGACGUUGGCAUCACGGAUCCAGUCGAUUCAUUUGUCGUCUUCAAAAGGCUCCAUUGUAUAAAGUUCAGGAAGAGCCUGAUGUUUCUGAUGGGGGGGAGGGGAAGCACCACAAAUGAAAAUGUUGCCGGUGCAGUUUCUUAAGAGAAUAUACAACGCUAUUUUUUCCUAUGGGAGUAUUACAUUGCGGAUGUGGGCCAAAGGUGCUGUCACUUGCUUGAAACUUCCUUUGGGCAAAAGGUUAUGGUACAUGUGACUCCUAUGCAUUUUUGGAACUACAAGGAUGUAUUGCUGUUCUGUGAAUUGCUGUUCAGAUUCUGAACGCGGAAGUGCUGUCGUGCAGCUAAUGCCAACUGAAGCUGGGCCAUGCACCCGUACGUAGCAGAAGCCCGUCCUAGACCAAGAAUGCCACGAAACAAUUAUUUGACAAAACCAACACAUCAGGUUGUUUUUGUAACACAGUGUCAUACUUCUUCUUCUUUUUGAGACCUGCACUCUCCCUGCCCCAUAGUCCAUUGUAUUGUGCAUUUGAGAAACAUAAGCUCUGGUAGUAUGGCGAAUUUUUAGUGGUGGGAACUUUUUAAAAUUGUUCAUUAAAAAAAUGGGGUGGCCUCUUAGGGUUCCCUCCCACUUUAUUUUCUGAAGCUCCAAAUUUUGUUUUCAACAUAUUUGAGAAUGUAUGUUACAUGUUAAGUUUGGGGUUCAUUUUUUUUCUAAUUUUUGGUUUUUUUUUAUGGUAAGAUGUACACUGUGUGAACAUACAUCUGAAAAGGUUCUGCUCAUACACUUUUCUUUAAAAAGUGGUAUAAUCUUGCCCCAAUGGCUCACGGUUACACCAAAGAGGUGCAUUACCAAGGACUCAGUAGUUGGGGUGGGGAAAAUUGCAUGCUAACUGUGGUUUGGGGUUUAAAACAGCAAUGAAAUUUUAACAUGCAUUUGCAUGGUAACGGUACCUGUGAAAUGUUAUGUUUGUGCUUAAUUUUGCCAAGAAAAAGAAAACAAUGCAAUGUUAGUUCUUUGUCAAACUCCAUUUGUGAAAUAUAUUUCAGAGUUUCAUUUUCUGGGGGUUCACAAUUCCCAUGGAGAAUAAUUUUAGAGAAGAUGAUUUGUAGUUAUUAUAUGAGAGAGGUCAAUACUGGGUCAACAAUUCAUGGGAAAUGUUGGUAUUUUGCUACUGGGAAGAGGUUAUGAAGAAGAUGAUUUAUUUUAAUUAUAUAUUAAAUAUGUACUAUAGACUGAUUUCUUGCCGUAUAAUGAGAAUGUGUAGGUUAUGUGCUCAUGGAAGCCUGUAGCAGGCCUCAAGUUGUUUAGCAGCAUAUUUUUAGCAAGAUGAACCUAUUAAGUGCCACACAGAUUCCUGACCAUUUAAGUUUUGCAGGGACCACAGUAAAAGAUCAUUUCCAUCAGAAUGUUUAUCAAGCUACCUUUUCCUUGAUGAAGUUGUGUCAAUUUGCUUGCCCUGCCUCGCCCCACCCUGUUGUGCCCCUGGGAAAAUUAUGUCUGGUUCAUAAACUUCGGAAAUUUUCAUAAUGCCAGUUCUAAGUAAAUCCUAGGUCUUUUCUAUAAGGUGCUAAUUCACUUUGACAGAUUUUUUUAAAUGUUCAGGAAUCCAGUUUUUUUUUAUAUUGGACAACAAGAAAACAAGGGGCUGAUCUGUGGCUCUAAAUGUCAAAUCCUCCUUUUUUGUUUUAUACCAUUCCUGCAGCAACACUGCAAAAUUGCCUAAACUACUGGUAAUGUUACAGAGGCACAGCAUGGCAAUUGAAUAAUGGAGUAAUGCUCACCCCGAACCCAUUGUCUGUAAUGGGCAACUUGGCUUACUGUGAAUUUUGCACUGCAGUGCUGACAGGGACAAUAACCUGACCAGUGUGAUUACUGUUCCCUUGGGUGCUUCCUUGCCGUGCUUCCUUGGUCACCGCAAACAGCCGUACACAAGGGAUGGGUUGCUGUAACCUUUCUAUGACAUUUGAAGGGCCUCCUGGGUGUUAACUGCUGAGCUGCCAAAGAGUGAGUGUUGGGGAUCAAUGCAGCAGGGAAAAGACUCUUGAAGGAUGUUUUUCACAAGCAAUACCAAGAGUCAUCAUUUGUGAAUGUUGUUAAUAUGGGGAUAGUAAGCAGGGGUUGUUGGUUGUUUUGUUUUUUUAAUUGAAUGCAUGUUCUAUUCAAUGCAACUGGUUGUGCAAUUUUCAAAUGCCAAAAGCAAUUUUAUGCUUUAUGGUAUGUGAUGCAAGGCCACGGUCAAAUUGUGGCUUCUUGUAGGCCAUCAUUCAGCAUUAACUACUUGUGAAAACAACCAGAGGCUAUUGCUACUCACAGACCAGUUCAACUCUAAUAUAAAGGGCAGCCAACCUGGCAGCCUCCAUACAUCAGUGGACUACAACUCCCAUCAGCCCUAGUCAGCAUGGCCAAUGGUCAAGGAUGAUGGAAUUUGAAGUCUGCUGACAUCUGGAUGGCACCACAUUGGCUACCCCUGACCUAAGGCAUACUUUUGUAGCUGAACUGGGUGGGGGAAUAGAGGAUUAUAUUCAACUAAGGUUUUCCCAUAGCUUUUGAGUUCAUUGGGUCUGCUCUGAGUAGGACUAGCAUUGGGCUACAACCCAAGUUGUAGCCUUGGCUAUUAAUUUAGAGACUAUAUAGCACAAUGGUUUGGAUCUUAAGAUAACAGAAGAAAGUUAUUCCCUCCCAGCUGCCUGCACCCCAUCGUACAUUAUUCAGGAGGUCUCCUGCUUUGCAGAGGGCUGCAGGCAGGAGUGGAAAUCUAGCUCAAAAAGACAGAAGGCCCCCAGCAGGUGAUAUGAAGCGGUGGUCAAAUUGGGGCCCCUUGCAAGUCAAACCUACACGUUAAGCACCUCAGCCAAGAGACAAGCCAAACAAACAUAUGACUAUAUAAAAAAACUGAGGUGUUCUAAAGUUUGCUGUAGCCUGUUUAAUGGUGUGAAUGUAUAUAAAAAUCUUUCGAUUAAAAUACCAUUUAAAAAUAACUGAAAAUAAAUUUUCUAGGUAUUUCAAUUUCACUCUGUUAAGCUAACAGAACUAAAUGGUUAAAUAUGGAAAACCUGACAGAAGUAAAAAGUUAAUACUGGGACCUCAGUAAUAGUUAAGUGGGCUGGGACUGUGCUUUAAAAUAAGUAGGUAAGCUCACUGCAAAGGUAAAUGGGAAACCUUCCUUGUGUGGAAUUUCCUUUCUUAGGAUUCCAAGCCAAUGAUAGGGUUGCAAAUGGAAAUGAUGACAAGAAGUGAUCGCUUCCUUGCUACAGCAACGCCUUCUACUUUUGGUUAUCCUUCCAGAUGUUUUUGCUGUGUUCUUCAAAAAGAAGAUUGAAACAGGUCUGCCAUUUCCCUCAAAUGUCUGAGCUUUACAGGUAUAUCACUGUCAAUGCAUCUUGGAUUAGUGUCAUGGAACCAAUUUAGGUAACCUCCCCUCCUCUCCUCCUUCCCUCCCUCCUCACUUCUCCCUCUAAAUCUAAAAUCCCUCCAUAGAUUCCAUCCUUUAUAGCAUUCGAGAAAGGGUCUUAAGGAGUAUACUGUAGUAUAUGGUUCCGAGUCGGUGAAGUAUUACAGUGCGAUCCCCAGAGAGCAUCACGUGAGAGUGAGGCUGUGAUUUAGCUGAAACCAGAACACAAGCCUUGCUGGAUCAGGCCAGUGAUCCGUCUAGUCCAGCCUCCUGAUUCCCACAGUGGCCAACCAGAUGCAGCCAGGAAGCCUAAAAGUGAGCCACGAAGGCAGCCAUCCUACUGCAUUGUAUACCCCGGCACCUGGUGUUUAGAGGUGCACUGCUUCUGAAAGCGCACACCCAUUUAGCUGCCCUAGUUCGUAGACUUUGACAGGCUUAUCCUCCAUGAAUGUGACUCAUUUUUCUAUUUGCUCAAUUACAUAAAUAUCAAGAAAUGAGUAAGCAAUCCAGACAUCUCCCCACCCCCAAACAAGCCAUAUAAUCCUAGCUGGGGAUUGUUAUACACUUUUUUAUUUUUAAAUAAUUAACGAUUUAUUGGCAUGAACAUGUACAGAAUAAAAAUGAUGGAUAUGGCAAACAAAAAUAAAUGUAAAAGUAGAAAAUUAAACACAGAGGAGGGGUAAAAAAGAAAUCAAAUCUAGCACAAUGAUAUGAAACAUCCUUUGGCUGAAAGAUCAACUGUUGGGAUUCUUGAAACCUUUCUUUAUCAUAUCUAUCCAGGUGGACUGUUUGCUGCAUCUUGAUGUUUAUAACCAAGUUUUAUAUCCGAUAUCUAAAUAUUUCUCUGAAUUUCUGACUCACAGUUAAUAUUUCCAACAGACCCUUAUGCCUUUAAGAGCUGUGUAGGAAGUAUAAAUUCAGUGGGUGCCAUCUUUACCCUAUGAUAGAGAUACAUAGCUAAGAAAGCCUGCACAUGCACCUUUUGAAUAUAUCUUAAUUACACAGUUCGUAAAUGUUACCAUUUCAUCAGCUUCCAUUUAGCUCUUCAGCAGUGUGAUCCUACACUUGCCUGUUCCAAAGUAAGUCCCACUGAUUUCAUUGGGGCUUACUCCCAGGUAGGUGGGUAUAGGGUUGCUGCCUAACUCGCCUCCAAAAACCUAAAAAUGACUCUUUUCACUAAUAAGUUGGUAAUUUUUCACUCCCCCAAGUUUUUCCUAAAAUUUCCUUUAGGCCUCUGCAACCAGUUCCACAAUAAUACAGCUCUCAUCUUCUUCCUUUUCAGUAAUUUAUUUUAAAAUGGUUAAGGUAGAGAACUAUCCUUAGGUAUGACUCUUAAAGGGUGAUAUUUUCUCUCAAGAGCCUAAAACAGGGCCUUCCAGGGGAGGGGGUGGAAUCACACAACUUGUUCUGUAUUUCAGAACUUUUCUAUAUCCUUUUAUAAGAGCUAAUUUCCAUAUGUUUUCCAGUAGGAAAAUGAUCAGUUGCCUAAGGAUUAUACUGUGUUAGGCAAAGCCGUAUGGUGAAGUUUAUUACCCAUAGACUUGAAAAACUGAAACAGGAUCAUAGGUAAACAAAAAAAUUAUUCAAAAGGAAUAAAAUCUGAAGUGAGAGAAGCAGGCUGAGGGCUGGAUACAGAAUGCUAACUGCACUGGACAAUUUUUUGAAAAGGUGACCAUGGUGACCUUGAAACAUUUUUUUCAAAAGGUGUAAUAUUUAUAGAGCAGUGAAGGCAAGUUUGGAAGGACCCUCACUGCGUUCAAUGCAGCUUUGCUUUGUUCUUUCCGGGGUCAAGGGGAAACAGCUAUGGCAAUGAAUUGGCUAGUUCCCAUGAUGUCACCAAAAUACAACCACAAUCCUGUAACUUUCUUUUUAACAUGCUGAUGGAGAAAUGUAUAUGUGUGCCAAUAAAGUUACAUGUGUGACAGACAGCUUAAAGAAUAAAAAGGCAGGCAGUCUGCAUGGAAACAGGGGAGGGGAAAACUGACAAGCAAAUAACAAGGACAUUCUUUUUGUACAACUUCAUAAGCAAGGACACACAACCUGCUGUGACUCCUCUUCAGAUGUUACAUCUGCCUUUGUUCUUAAAGAUGUGAAAUAGAUCAAGAGUUUCUAAGGUAAAAAGGGAGAUUGGUAGUCGGGAGAUCUUUACAUCAAAUAUUACCAUAGUUCCUGAAUAAGUCACUUAACUGUUAUUUAUGGGGUUUAGCGGUUUCCCAUUUGUCCGCAGUGCCUGUUACAGAAUAGUUUGCUCUCAUUCUGAUUCCAAGAACUAAUCCAGGGAUAGGGGAUCUCUGGCCCUCCAGAUAUUGUUGAACUGUAGCUCCAGUCAUCCCUGUCCAUUGGCAUCCUCAUUGAGGCUGAUGGGAGUUGGAGUCCAGCAACAUCUGGAGGGCCAUAGGUUCACCAUCCCUGGCCAUAGAUGGAGGAAAUGGAAUAGGGACGUAGAGCACUUACCUCCUCAGGCUGCCAAGUCCCAACCUUGUGCCUGUUUUUCUCUGUUAGAGAAGUAGAAAGUGUUGCAUAUGGACAUCAACAUGAAAUGAAAAUUCGGCUUUAACCGAGUUUAAAUAGUUCCAUUGUGUAGGCUGAUGUGAAUUUGUCUGAAUGUACUUUUCUGAUCAAAUUUGUCUUCAUUCAGGCCACAAUCUUUUAUCCAGUAAGCCCCAUUGAAUUCAGUGGGACUUACUUCUGAGUAGGCACAUAUAGGUUUGCAUUAUCACCUUUCUUCCCUUUGUACUGAUAUAUUCCUAUUGAAAGGUCUGUGGGAACAUCAGCUACAUUCUCCUUAGCACUUUUCUGAAGCAUGUGCAGAGAAAUUCUUCAGUCUACUAAGAAAUAAUGUGUGUGUAGAAGUAUACACAUGCUGGGAAGUAAAAGAGGAACAUGACUGUAUCAUUUUAUUUUGAUUUCUUUUUAAAAGUCACAUUUGAGCCUGAAAAUGACUGGGUUUGGAAACGAUUGGGGCACCAAAGUACACCUAGUAAUGACAAUCCUAAAGCUAAAGUCCAGUAUAUAAUGUUAUAUUUUUAGGAGCAUGCCCAAUAUAUUUUAAAUUUACAUGUAGAAAUAUGAAGUGUGAAUGCAACAAACACAAAUUAUAUAUAGUGUAAUCCUAAACAUGUCUAUCCAAAAGGAAGCCCCAUUGAGUCAACUGGGACUCACUCUCAAGUAAGUCAUAUGCCAAGUUAUCUGCUAACUGCACUCAAUGGCAACCCCAUGUUUGCCUCUCUGUGUUGGCCUCAAACCAGAAAUGGAGAGUGUGUGGCCCUCCAGAGUUGGUGGAUUCCCAUCAGCCCCAGCCAGCCAAUAACCAGGGAUGGUGAAAACUCUAAUCCAGUCACAUCUGAAGGUCACAGGUUCCCUAUCCCUGCCUUGAGCUUUCAAGCUACUAAAAUCAAAUCCAAAUUUUGAGUCAUGGCAAUGUUUAUUCAUCCUGCAACCCUUCUUUGGGGGAUAAAUUAAAUAUCCGGCCAUUUAUUAUUCUGGGUUACUUAAAUGAAUCCUUUCUUUUUUUACUUUCCGUUCAACUGUUAAAACACUCUCCACCCCCCACCCUGCACACACAUAUACCCUUGGCCAAAUAUUCCCGUCUUGUGUUUCGGCUGCCCACAGGCCACAAGCCACUUAACAUUUGUGCCACUUCAAAGUAAACAGUCUGUGAACUGCAGCUGUUCUCUUUCUCAAUAGUGCCAUUAAGCGUUGCAGUAUAGGAGCCCCAUUAAGUUUCCUCCACAAUGAAACCAUUAUGUAAAGGCAAAAGGAUCUCAUAACCCAGUUUGUUUUGUCAGAAACCUGAGGCUAGCCAACUGCCAGAGAACACAGGCAUUCUUCAGGUUCAGUGUGGGUAACUUUGAAGGUGGCGUCCGUCCCCCCCCACCCGCCACUCACCCACCCACCCACCUUUGCAACAGCAUCAGGUCUUGGCAUGCCAGUUGCUGAAGGCAACACCUUUCAAAGACUUUACCCCAUUAAAGUACCUCUGUUUCUGCUCUCUCUUUUUAACUGGAAUAGGUUAAAGCUGUCAAACUAAAGCCCUUGCCAGAUUAUCACUGAAGUAGUUACACCGUGCUCAGCAAAAUUCCACAGAGAAUGUAUUUAUUUCCUGCCUUUAACUUCUGUGUUGUGCUGUGGGAUAUUAAACUCCUUAUUGUGGCUGUAUUCCAAAUUAGGUUUUCAUCUCAAAAUGCCCUUUUUUUAAAGGACACAAAGGAGCUAUGAAGUUCACUUUCCAGGGAGUUCUGUAGAGCAAAGAUGCUUUGACAAUGUGAUCAGCUGAAUUCCGUCUCCAUUGUUCCAUUGGCCUAUAGGGGGUUCAGUUAGAGAUUUCACAGCGCUGUGGUGAAAUUCUCUUUCAUGAAAAUGUACAGAGCAGUACUGUAUGUAUGGUUCUCUGGAAGCCUUUCCCAACCUAGUGGCCUCCAUAUUCUUGGACUCCAACUCCAAUUACUCCCAGCCAGCAUGGCCAAUGGUCAGGGUCUAUGGCAGUUGUAGUCCAAUAUCACCUGAAGGGUAGAGGUAGGGCUAGAUCAACUGGUAUGUUCUGUGGAGGUGAGGAUUAUUUGUAUUCUGUUGGGUUCUGUGAAGUUGUCUGGUGAACUAUCUAGAAUUCUGAGAAACUUCUGUUGUACAAAAAGACCUGUUUGACUACAUUGCUCUCUGGAAUACCCUGUUUCAAGGUUCUAAUGAAUGGGUGUAUAGUUCUAUUAACUCAGGGGUGCUCUCUGACAAAGAUACGGGGUAUUCUUUAUUAUGUAUCCAUUUGUGUGUUUGUCUGCAUACACAUACAUGAGACCUAAUAGAUAAAUACAGGCAUUUAAGUAAAUUGGGGAAGAUAUAACCCUUCCUGGCUUUCAUUCAGGUUCAUUUACACAAUGGCAGAGACAGAGAUUUGAAAGCUCCCGAGUCCUAGAACAGUUGUAAGUCACUUUGGAUUGCCUUGGGCAAGAUAAAGCAACUGACAAAUUUUAAUAAUAGUAGUAGUGGUGAUGGUGGUGAUGGAGAACCUGUGGUCCUCCAUAUGGUUUUGAACUGCAACUGAGGCUGAUGGGAGUUGGAGACCAAUAACAGGUACCCUAUCCCUGUCUUUGAAGAAGGCCAGGCCAAUUGACUGUGCUCAUGUUUUAAAUAUUAUUCUUCACUCCAGUUCUGUCUUUGCUAGCAAAUUAGUUGUGGCAAUAGAGGUGAUCAGAAUCUGCUUCUUGACAGCAAGCAAUGAGAAAAGGUUGUGCACCUCUUGAGAUCUCUGUAAGGCCUUCUAGCCACCACAAAGUAACCUGGGAUCAGCCCAGGGACUGGGGGCACAUGCUGUAAGUUCCCAUGGGCUCCUAUGGGAGGAAGCGGGGUAUAAUAACAACAGCAGCCACAACAAAAUUGUGAUGAUUAACGCACUAAAUGAAAUUGUGACUGGCAAGUUCAUCGUUUGAUCUGCUGCCUGCUAGAGACAGCCACUUCUAAAGUUCCAUUUCUGCCAUGAGGUCAUACGGUUUGAGCUAGCCACCUCUGAACUCCUAGCCUUGAUUUUGCUGUAUUUGCUUCAGUGGCCUGAUAGAUAAAAGAGUUGGAUUUGAAUCUGGGAGAUCUGGUCUGAAGUUUUGUCUUCUGUCGUGGAGGCAUGCUGUUCCCUUGCACAAGGCACAAUCUCUUUGCCUCAGUUCCCUGAACCUACCUCACUAGCUAGUGUGACUCAUGCCUAUUUGGGGCAUACCCAGUGUUUGAUAGGUGGGCGCCUUAAACUCCACCCCAACAAGCAACCCCUUGGCCAUUCAGAAGAAGCACAGUACAUGUGCAUGUGGUCCUAUCUUAGUCUGGCAAAAUGCCCAGAGGAAGAGAGUGGGCGUUACGCUGCCAGGCAUCUCUGCAGGGCCAUCACUUGCAUUAAAAUAGUAGUUCCAUGUGUAUUAUGCAGUUGUGACCAAUCUUUUUUGAUGAGUACGCCACCAAAUCCAAUCUAAAACUGAGAGGGUGCCACAUCCCAAAUGAAUGCAGCUGUUUCACCUUCAUCCCACUUAUGACUCAGUGUGGUUUUGCUUCUGGGUCUGAGGAGAUGAAAAGUGUUGGAGAAGCAAACACGACUGUGACCUUUCCAGGAGUGCCACACUUCCCUGCUACUCAUGCCACAGGUUGCUCAGCUGUGAUGGUUAAUGGGUGAUCCUGAACUUCAUGAUUUGCAACUUCAUGAACUGAUUUGCAAUUGAGAAGGAAAUUCUGCAUUAGCCAUAUGGUGGCUGUUUGCUCCUUCUGUCUCCCAAAAUACGACCUGUGAACACACACCAAAAUUGAUGUCCUGUGUGUGUGCGCACUUUUUUUUUAAGUGCAUAGAAAAUCUGCUGGUGACUAGAGCUGUGUUGCUUUUCAGGGGACCUGCUGGUUACUUUUGGAGGAGAAAGCAGUGGGGGACUGUUCUAUAAUUGGUUUGUUUUCAGAUUCAUAGAGCAGAUAGGGCAGGGAUCCCAGAACAAACAGCUUUAGAUGUGUAUCAACCCAGAGCAAAUGUAAGUAAACUCCAAACAGAUCCCCCCCACCCUCGAAAUCUCUCUGUAACUUUCCUAAUCAGCUCGAAACACAAAAAUGGUUGUUUCAAGCUGUCUGUUUUCUGCACCUUUUGCUCUAAUGGGUCGAAUUAGUUUCACACUUUAUUCCCACCUUAGCCAAGAUGAUUCUCAUCUGUCAUGAGGUUAGGUCCAGCUUCUGUGCUUAAAUAUGGGAGAGGAGUGGGGGACAUUGGGGAAUGUCUAUGGAGGAGAUAAACCCGAGUGGUUUAUGGAAAGAUACAAUUGUUUUUGCCGAGAAUGGUGAAAUCAUGAGUGUGGGUAUGUUGUCACAAACCACCUUGGAAGCUGCAAAGGCAAAAUGUGUAGUUGCUCCCAUUAGUUUGGGUUUCUUGAAUGCUGCUGUUGCAUUUUGGCAUCUGAAAGAUGAAUUUCCCAAAUUCGACAAAAUGUUAGCACCUGCUGUUAGGGAUCAGUCAAGCUGUGUCAAAACUAAAAGGAAUAAUAGGACUGCAUGCCUUAGUCAUCUCUUCCUCUAUGACAUAGUCUGUGUGAAUAUGGGCAAACAAUGGCUGUUACAGGAAAUUAUGUGUUCCAGGGAGACUGCCUCUCAAUUACAGUUAGCUCGCCCUGAUGACAAGCACUAAUUAGCCAUGAUACCCAAAAGAUUUAUCUUUGUGCAACACUUGAAUAUCCACAAAUAUUUAAUACAAAACUCUAAAUAGGAAUUGGUAUAUCACAUGCACAUCAUAGAUUUAAAGCACAUUUUUACCAUUUUAACACUCAUGACUUCCCUCAAAGAAUCCUGGGAACUGUCAUUUAUCCCUCACAGAGCUACAGUUCCCAGCAUCCUUAAUGGACUAUUAUUGUUCCCAGCAUUCUUUGGGGGAAGCCAUGUACUUUAAAUGUGUGAGCUCCAGUGGAAGAUUUCUGCCCAGGCAGAGUGGGGGCCAAUUUCAUUUGAGCCCAAAGUGGUGGCAAAUAGUUAAAACUCCCCUUCCCCCAUGUCAUGGUCCUGACCUGAUUUGAGGCCCUCCAUACUAGCUAUUGGUUACAGAAAAAACAACUACUCAAGGGCAACUUACGUCACAUCUGUAGAUUUUAAUCCUAAAAACUGUUUUGUAGCAUGUGGGAAACUGCAAAGCUUUCUUCCAGGUAAAUACAUUUACUAUUUUGGCAUGCAAGUUAUUGAGCAGUAAUGUCCACUGUGCAGAUGGCAAUUAAGUAGAGGCAAAUUAUUUGGAAGACGGCAUUAUGAAUAGAAAAGGGUUUUUGUUUUUUUCAAAUAGUGUAAUGGAACAAGUUUCCUGCACUAAGGAAAUAAUGCAAGGACAGCAAUUUAUUUUACUCAUCCCUUGGAAGCAGAAAAAGAGGAUGCCAUGUACACAAUGCCAGCAGCCUAGCAUAUGAGUGUUGGUUUGCUAAUACGCUACCAUUUUGACGUUAGCAUUGAACUGGCUUUUUUUAACUGUCAAAACAAAAGGUUUUGUUUUCAGCAUAAUAUAUUCAGUAGGCGGCAUGGAGUGAAUCACAUAUGUUCAAUCACGCAAUUAGAUGCUGAAUGUCUCAUGUAAUUUUCCAAGAGCACACCUUAGAAUAUUUUAAGCACCAGUCUUCCUCUUGCUCAUUCUCUUAAACCCUCUCAACGAGAUUAGGAUCCAUACUUUUGCCAAAUGUAAUUUUGCAAAUCUGUUUUGCACAUUGUAUUAGACGCACAGCAACAUUUGAGACAAGCAAGUUGUCAUUUUAAUUGUGUUACUCAAAAACGGGCUAAUCUGAUUUGCUCUUCAAGCGUAAAAUCAUUAGCUCUUUCCCGGGAGCCAGCUGUACGUGACUUGGUUGAUCUAAAGCCAAGAAGCUGGUAGCACAAGAAGAUAAUUGAGACAGGUUUAACUGAUACUAUACAGUCAUUAAAAGAUGAAUCCUGCCUCCCAUACAGAUCUUCUUAUUACUGACUUGACUUGGAGAGGGAUAGGGCUCAUAGUAGGACAAAAUGCAUCACCAUCGCAUAUAAUCUCUUUAAAUUUUUACAGGUCUGUAUGAAUUCUCAAUUAGAAUUAGAAGUUUCAAUAUGAAAAUGUUUUAUAUGUCUUCCAGAUUGUAUGGCAUGUUCUGGGACCCCGCAAAUUUCUGAGCCAUAAAGCCCAUUGCUCUCUGCUACACUAGAGGCCACUUUGCACAAUUAGCCAUUGAACUCUCCAUCAACCUCUUUUGCUUAUAAUUUCAAGAAGUAGAGUGCGAAGAGCCCUGGAAGGAUCAGGGGGUCUUGAUUUAGCACUUCUUUGUGGAAUUAAAGACCCUUGAAACAUUAUCUGAACUGUGUGGGAGUGAACAAGUUAGAUGAGUACUGCUCUACAAAGUUUAAAUGACACCCCCCCUCCAAUGUGGGCUGUGACUGAACUCAUGGGUCUUUCCCAUGGAAACUGUACUCACCUGGUAUGAUUUUCUAGGUUCUGUAUCCUUGGUCUAGAGAAAAAACUGAAAGGUAUGGAGUUGUUAGUACAACUUGCCUGGGGUCCAGUAUAAGUAUUUUUCUACAACAGCCUUAUGGGACUUAUAGUUCAUAACAUCUGAAGGGAACAAGGUUGAAGAAGCCUGGUGUAGAAGACUCUGGAAAGUCUUAUGUGUGUAUUUUGACUUGGAUAAUAACCCCUAAGUGCUGGUCAGUAAACAAGCCCUGUGUUAAAUCUACCCUAAUGCCUGGGUAGGUACAUACACAGAGCUUAUUUGUCCCAUCCUGUCUUGCCCUUAAACAUUCUGCUACAGUUUCCUGGACUUGUUAAAUUUUUGUUCUAAUUGACCUGUUCCCCUGGCUGUUUUCAGAAGGAACAACUACUCUGCUUUCCCAAAUAUGUCAGAUUCCAUAGGGGUCCCUAUCAUUGGUUCUGUCUCCUUGCCUGCCCUGGCUGAAUUCCCUGGGCCUGAGUUGGCUUCAUCUCUUAGACCUGUUCAGGGGCCCCGUGUCAUUAAAUGAACCCUACUCAUAGCUUGAUGGAGACAGUUAAAAAUGCAAACAUAGGUUUUGCCUGGUUGCAAACAUCAACAUUCAGGCCAUAGGCCAUUAAAAUUCAUGGG